AUGGGCUCUAACGACGGACCGCUGUAUAUCGGCUUCGACCUGUCAACGCAGCAGCUCAAGGGCCUCGUCGUCUCGUCCGAUCUCAAGGUCGUCUACGUCGCCAAAUUCGACUUCGACAGCGACUCGACAGGCUUCACCAUCAACAAGGGCGUCCAGACAAAUGAAGCAGAGAGGGAAGUCUUUGCACCCGUUGCCAUGUGGCUGCAGGCCCUGGACGCGGUGCUUCACGAUCUCAAGCAACAGGGACUCGACUUUGGCCGGGUGAAGGGCAUCAGCGGUGCCGGACAGCAGCACGGAAGUGUCUACUGGAAUGAGUCCGUGGAUCAGAUACUAGGCAGCUUGGAUGAAAAGAAGACACUCGAGGAUCAGUUGCAAGCAGCAUUGUCUCAUCCGUAUAGUCCCAACUGGCAGGACGCCAGCACGCAGCAGGAGUGCGAUGAGUUUGAUGCCUUUCUCGGGAGUGAAGAAGAGCUGGCGAGGGUGACGGGCAGCAAGGCUCAUCAUAGGUUUACUGGACCCCAGAUAUUGAGGUUUCAGAGAAAGCAUCCUGACGCAUACCAAAAGACGUCCAGGAUAUCUCUGGUUUCGUCCUUUUUGGCUUCAAUCUUUCUGGGAAGAGUGGCUCCGUUUGAUAUAUCAGAUGUCUGUGGUAUGAAUCUAUGGGACAUACCAUCAAACCGAUGGAACGAGAGUCUUCUCAAGUUCUGUGCUGGUGAUGCUGGACCAGAACAACUGAAAAAAAAGCUCGGAGAUGUACCUCACGAUGGGGGCCAGGAGCUGGGUAAAAUCAGCACCUAUUUCGUCAAGAGAUACGGCUUCCAUUCAGACUGCGUCAUUACUCCGUCGACGGGAGAUAACCCGGCUACUAUACUUGCUCUACCACUGAGGCCGCUGGACGCCAUGGUAUCACUGGGAACAUCGACUACGUUUCUCAUGUCGACUCCGCAGUACAAACCUGACCCGUCUACGCACUUCUUCAAUCAUCCAACUACCCCUGGAUUGUACAUGUUUAUGCUCUGCUACAAGAACGGAGGACUCGCUCGUGAGCGGGUGAGAGAUGCCAUCAACACAAAGUCCGAGGGCGCCAAAGGUAAUGAUAUCUCGAAUUCCUGGAGCAACUUUGACAGAAUACUACUGGACACUCCUCCAACCGGUCAGAAAGCAGGCUCGGACCCGAUGAAGAUGGGUCUCUUCUUUCCCCGGCCGGAGAUAGUGCCUAACCUUCGAGAAGGAGAAUGGCACUUCAACUAUACCCCAGGUCAAACAGACGUAGACCACCAGCUCAAGGAGACAGACGCGGGCUGGAACCAUCCAUGGGACGGUGCCAGAGCCAUCGUCGAAAGCCAGCUCCUAUCCCUCAGGCUGCGGUCAAGGGAACUCGUCCACAGCCCAUCAGACAGGAAGGACAUCCCACCACAGCCCCGACGAAUCUACCUCGUCGGCGGGGGCUCUCGCAACGCCGCCAUCGCCAAAGUGGCGGGGGAAGUGCUCGGCGGGAUAGAAGGGGUGUACAAGCUGGACGUGGGCGAGAAUGCGUGUGCGCUGGGAGCAGCGUACAAGGCCGUCUGGGCGCUAGAGAGAGCACCGAAGCAGACCUUUGAGGAUCUGAUCGGGCAGCGAUGGCGGGAAGACGAGUUUGUCGAGAAGAUAGCUGACGGUUACCAGCCGGGCGUCUUUGAGAAGUACGGACAGGCCGUCAGGGGCUUCGAGAUGAUGGAGCAACAGAUCCUCAAGACGGAGGCAGAGAAGUAG